UGUGUGUGUGUGUGUGUGUGUGUGUGUGUGUGUGUGUGUGUGUGUGUGUGUGUGUGUGUGUGUGUGCGUGCGUGCGCGUAGUUUCGUUUUCCCCGAAAACACGUGACACUCACUGAGAGGCGCGGCUCCUUCACUUCCUCAUCUAACUGUCCGUCGCAGCGAGCAGCCCUUCCUCCGCUUUUAAAACCUUUCACCUGAUUAACUUGAUUUAUAAACACUUUAACCUCCGUUUUUCCCCUUACAUUUACACUUUUACAACUUCAUUCCGUAUGGACGCAUUGUAAUCCCGGAGUAGAUAAGGUCUCCAGUCUUCUAUGGAUGAGGAGAGAGAGGAGGGGGAUGGGGGUCCUACCUCUAAGACCACUCUGUCUGGGGAACAUGGCCGCCGGAGCAAAGCUAAGAGAGUCCAGCAGCAGAGAGCAGACUCCCCUGGACCCAGCUGUGUCUCCAUGAAGAGUGGCCACUCUAUGAAUCCACCUGUUAAGUUUGAAGAUGGAAAUCAGUCAAUCGAGAAAAGAAGAGUCCAGCAGCAGAGAGCAGACUCCCCUGGACCCAGCUGUGUCUCCUUGAAGAGUGACCUCUCUAUGAAUCCACCUGUUAAGUUUGAAGAUGGAAAUCAUCAACCUUCAAAGAAAAGAAGGAGGCAGCAGAGAGCAGACUCCCCUGGACCCAGCUGUGUCUCCAUGAAGAGUGACCGGUCUAUGAGUCUACCUCCUAACCUUAAAGAUGGACGCCCCUCCAGAGAGGAGAGCCCAGAGCAGCAGCAGAGAGCAGACUCCCCUGGACCCAGCUGUGUCUCCAUGAAGAGUGACCACUCUAUGGGUGUACCUGUUAGGUUUAAAGACGGAAAUCAAUCUGUUGAGAAGAGCCCAGAGCAGCAGAAGAGAGCAGACUCCCCUGGACCCAGCUGUGUCUCCAUGAAGAGUGACCACUCUAUGGGUGUACCUGUUAGGUUUAAAGACGGAAAUCAAUCUGUUGAGAAGAGAAGAGUCCAGCAGCAGAGAGCAGACUCCCCUGGACCCAGCUGUGUCUCCAUGAAGAGUGACCACUCUAUGGGUGUACCUGUUAGGUUUAAAGACGGAAAUCAAUCUGUUGAGAAGAGCCCAGAGCAGCAGGAGAGAGCAGACUACCCUGGACCCAGCUGUGUCUCCAUGAAGAGUGACCACUCUAUGGAUAAACCUCCUAACCUUAAAGAUGGACGCCCCUCCAGAGAGGAGAGUGUUCUCUACAGACACCAGGAGAGGUCAAAGGCUACCAGUGCUCAGUCUGAACAGCAGCAUCAGACAGAGCUGAUCAAGAGGGCUGAGGAGAACGCACACGCUUUCCUAGACACGGAGAUGAAGAAGUCUGGAGGACCUGUAGACUUCAGACACUGCUCUGUGUCCCAGCAUGCAUCUGCUCACUCACACAUCCAUCAGCAGGCCAACGCUCUAGCGGUGGAGAUGCAGAUCCAGGAGUUCAGGCAUUGGGGUUCAUUGAAUCAGCAGUCCUCUCUCCAUAACGCCCGCUCCUCUCUUCCUCCACUGGAGCUGUAG